AUGUCUCAAGCUUCUCCAGAUCAUUUGGCUCCGCCAGAGACCUCGUCGCCGAAAACUCGACGGAAAAGAGGUCUCUCGCUCAGAUCUCAACUUUUUAACAAGGCUUUCAUGGCCCUGCUGUCUCCAUCGCCUCCUCCGUCACUGUCUACCCCUAUAGAACUUGGUAAUCUUCCUGUUCGCGAUCGAAGUCCAUCGAUGCCUCCUCCUCCAGAAAUCACCGUCGAUGACUUGGAAGACCUGGAUCAACCAGGUGCAUUCUAUCCAGAAACUAAAGGAGAUGUCUACACAUACAAUUCUGUGGGAGUUUCUCGAAGCACCACUCACCUUACCGCAGGAUCGAGCUACAGCAGUAGGGAAAGUUCAUUCGAUACUCCUCGAUCGAGACGACUCUUCUCCCGCCGGCGCACAAGAGGUACGUUCAGGGCCAACCUUAACCGCAUCAAAGACAAGAUCUUUGGCUCUGACGAUAUUGGAAGGACCGAAUGCGGACGUGUAAUUCCACUCUGUGUUGCCAAGGAACUGGCUAACCUGCUCUUUCAUGACGAGUUUUACAGUUCCAGUUCACACCAGUAUAUUGACGAACGCACGGGAGAUGGCUACAUUUCUAACAGCAUCACGUCUUCAAAGUACAACUUAUACACAUUUCUACCUAAACAGCUCCGGGCACAAUUCUCCAAGAUUGCCAAUUGCUACUUUAUGGUGGUUGCCAUCAUGCAGAUGAUCCCCUCGUGGUCUACGACGGGUAAGUACACCACAAUAGUUCCACUUUUGAUUUUCAUUUCCAUUUCCAUGGCACGUGAAGGGUACGAUGACUGGAAACGUCAUGGCCACGAUAAGGAAGAGAACAACAAACAAACACGAGUUAUUCGGGAGGAUACCGAGAUGGCAGUUUACGAUACUCACUCCAUCACCACCAUCAUGACAGAAACAAUACCUGUUGGAGAAGAAGAAGACGCCCCUACAUCUUCUACAGCAUCAUUGGUAGAUGGAGUGAGGAAUAUCUUUCUGAAUGCCAGUCUUAUGAGCAGAUACAACUUGGAGCUGUACAAGACCAAAUGGAAGGACGUCAAGGUAGGUGACAUUCUUCAUUUAUCGGAUGGUGACUGGGUACCAGCGGAUAUUGUUCUUUUGGCAGUCGACAGCACCGACACCGAGGCAUACGUCGAAACCAUGGCACUUGACGGAGAAACAAACCUCAAAUCGAAGUUUGCCCACCCAGAAUUGUCGAAGCAGGCAACAAAAGUUGUUUCCUUAAAAAACAUCCACUCUUUAGUGACGGUAGAGGACCCUAAUCCUGAUUUGUACAACUUUGAGGGCCAUUUUUCUAUGAACGGUCAGGAUUAUGCAUUGGGCUCGGACAAUAUCAUCUAUAGAGGCAGCAUCUUACGAAACACCCGUUCGAUUUUGGGUUUGGUUGUGUUCACGGGAGAAGAGACGAAAAUUCGCAUGAAUAAUCUUCGGAACCCUCGUACAAAGGCUCCUAAGCUUCAAAAGAAUAUCAAUUAUAUCGUCAUUUUCAUGGUGUUCGUCGUUUUGUCUCUUUCUGCAUUUUCCUUGAUGGCCCAACGCUUAUUUUAUAACAAAAACGUUGACAAGAUGUGGUAUAUGUAUGGUCAGGAUGCGGGCACUGCUGCCACAUUUAUGGGCUUUAUUAUCAUGUAUAAUACAUUGAUUCCAUUAUCGCUUUAUGUGACGAUGGAAAUCAUCAAGGUGAUGCAGCUUCUUUUCUUACAAUUUGACAUCGAUAUGUACCAUGUCGAGUCGAACACUCCAGCAGAUGCUAAAACAGCAACGAUCUUAGAGGAACUUGGACAGGUUUCUUACAUUUUCAGUGAUAAGACAGGAACUUUGACAGAUAACAAGAUGGUUUUCCGUAAGUUCAGUGUUUGCGGAUCCAAUUGGAUUCAUGAGAUUGACCUCAUCGCCAAGGGCCGCCAAGACCCUCAUUUUGGUGACAAUUUAUUGGAACCUUCCACUGAACCUUUCCCUGCUGUCAAUACUUUGUCUCCAACUCAUAGCACUACCUCAGUUGUGCGAGAAAGUCUUGAAUUGCGGUCUGUACGUUCCCAGACCACGUGGAAAUCUACCGCAAAUCCAUUGAAGGCUCAGAGUUCUCCAACAUCGUUAUACUUGCUCAAGUAUAUUCAACUGCACCCACAGACCUUAUUCGCGAAAAAGGCAACUUUCUUCCUAUUGAGCAUAGCAUUGUGUCAUACAUGUCAACCAAGAAGUGAAUCAAAAGGUGCAAGCACCAACACUUCUACAUAUUCAUUGAAUGAUUACGAAGAGGAAGAUCCUUCUGAUAUCGAUAUUGAUUCCAGCAUUGUGUACCAGGCAGCUUCCCCUGAUGAACUUGCUCUUGUGCAAGCCGCUCGAGAUUUGGGGUUUAUCGUGCUUGAUAAGCAGCAUGGCAUAUUGAAAGUGAAAACCUAUCCCAACGGAUUUGGAGAAGCCGCUAAAAUAGAGGACUAUGAAGUUUUGGAUGUGAUUGAGUUCACUUCCGUUAGAAAGAGAAUGUCUAUAGUGGUCAAAUUCCCUGACUCGCGUAUUGGUAUCUUUUGCAAAGGUGCUGACAAUAUUAUCUUGGAGAAACUCAAGGAUUCUGAAAUAGCCAAACAAAAGGCGAAGGAAAUAUCCUUAAGUUCUGCUGAUCGAAAAACGAUGGAAGCAGAAGUCAUACUUCAAGCUAGGCUUUCUUCUGAGCUUGAAUCUAGAAAUUCCACAGGGUCAUUGAGAAACAGUAUUGACAUUGCACAACGGCUUGGCUCUUUGGACGGAAUGGUUGCCAAAGAAGACCAAGAUAUAAAUGACAUAGCAGAUAAGGUCAGAAAAUCUUUGCACAACCAGCAAGCUAUGCGAUACAGUUUGGAAGGGGGAAGUUCCCAGGAGGGACAGCUUCCAGAAAGCUUUAUCCCAAAUGAUAAGCUUUUGGUUAAUGAUGAGUUCUUGAUUGAAAAGACAUUAGAACACAUUGAGGAAUUUUCCACUGAGGGCCUUCGUACUUUGUUGUACUCUUUCAGGUGGUUGGAUAAGACGGAAUAUGCAACUUGGGCUGAAGAAUAUAAGGAAGCCAAAAUUGCAUUGGUGGAUCGUUCCAAAAAGCUUGAACAAGUGGGAGAGAAAAUUGAACACAAUUUUCAACUUUUGGGAGCAACUGCAAUUGAGGAUAAGUUGCAAGAAGGUGUCAGUGAAGCCAUCGAGAAGUUGAGAAGAGCAGGCAUCAAGAUGUGGAUGCUUACUGGAGAUAAGCGUGAAACCGCGAUCAACAUUGGAUACUCCUGUCGUCUUAUCAAAGAUUAUUCUACAGUUGUGAUUCUUUCUUACGACGAAGGAAGUGAGAAGCUCGCACAGAGAAUUUCGGAAACUUGCCGUGAAGUCAAGGCUGGCCAUAUUGCUCAUUGUGUUGUAGUUAUUGAUGGUGGAACCUUGACUGAAAUUGAGGGCGAUCCGACUAUGUUCUCCAUCUUCAUUGACCUCUGUAUUGAUGCAGACUCUGCAAUUUGCUGCAGAGCCUCUCCCUCGCAGAAGGCAAAUAUGAUCAAUGCGGUCAGGAAAAUUAAGAAGAAGGAUGUUACUCUUGCUAUCGGUGAUGGAGCCAAUGAUAUCGCAAUGAUUCAAAGUGCUGAUAUUGGAGUAGGAAUAACGGGAAAGGAAGGAUUACAAGCUGCAAGAUCUGCAGAUUAUGCGAUUGCCCAGUUCAGGUUCUUGAUCAAGCUAUUGUUGGUAAAUGGCCGUUACAACUAUGUUAGAACUUCAAAGUUUGUUUUGUGUACGUUUUACAAGGAGUUGUUGUUCUACUUGACCCAAUGUGUUUACCAAAGAUACACUCUAUUCACAGGUACUUCUAUGUACGAAAGCUGGUCUUUGUCGAUGUUUAACACUCUUUUCACAUCAUUAGCGGUGAUUUGUAUUGGAAUGUUUGACAAAGAUCUAAGACCGGCCACUUUGAUUGCUGUACCCGAAUUGUAUUCCACCGGUCGUUUGUAUAGGGCUUUCAACUUAAGGAUCUUCCUUUAUUGGAUGGUUCUUGCUGCAUUCCAAAGUGUGGCCAUUUCAUUUGUUGCGUUUUUCACAUGGGGCUUCUCUGCAUUGAAGGACAACAGUCUCCUACCAUUGGGGACAGCUGUAUUUUGGGCGCUUGUAAUCGUCAUCAAUGGCAAGAUCCUUUUCCUUGAGAUGCGUAACAAGCAGUGGUUGGCAUUUGCAUCCUUUCUCAUUUCCGUUCUUGGUUACGGAUUGUGGAACGUCCUCAUCAUGAUGCUAUACAGAAGUGGAGAGCAUGCUAUCUAUUAUGCUGCUUAUGGUCUUCUCCAAUUUGGUGCGGAUAUCUCAUGGUGGGCGGACGUUCUAUUAUUGUUCACGUUAUUGUUGUUAUUUGACCUAUUCGUUAAGGUUUUCAAGUUUAUGUUUGUGCCUAAUGAUGUUGAGUUGUUCCAAAUGUUUGAAACGGACACUCAAAUGAGAAGAGUGUUUGAGCAUAACGCAUUUACUGAAUUACAACAAGGCUGGACCUUCACUAGAGACUCCUCAACAACCCGAAGCAGACUUUUAGGUUUGUUCCACCGAUUAUUUGGCAUGACUUCUGAAUCAGAUAUUGCUGAGGCAGUUGAAGAUGAAAACCUCGGGUCGGCCAUUUAUAGAAAGCGCGCAGGAACUAAUCCCCUUGAGACCGAAUUACCACCCAGUAGUGAUGGUGUUGUGAUCAAGGAUUCCGACUUUGAGUAUCCAGAUCUUGCUGGGUAUGAAAUCUUGCCCAGUGGUGCUAAGGUUAAGGUAAAGAAGAGCGGAGUAAUUGGUAUGCUAGGCAGAAGGCUCCAGAAGAAGAAGGAAGUAAUGUACAAAGAUGAAGAUGUUGACCAGAUUAUCGACGACCGUCUAAAAGGCAUCUAA